CGCGCUCGCAACAGGCCAUUUUGUCACAAUAUUAACCUUUUGUUGUGAUCUAUCUGAAAAGAAAUGUGCGAUCAAAUACGUUGUUUACUUCGAACCGAUAGACUUUUUUAUUGUCGCCGCGAGGCGAGUUCCGUUUAAAGCUAAACAGUGCGGGAUCGAUCGUUUGCCGUCGACUCAAGUUGGAAGCUCGACCGUUUUAAAUAUGUGGAAAGUCGACGGGAACUUGCCGCCGGACGCAGCCACAAAGUAACUGUCCUAAUUGCAUCGUUUUGUCAAUUUAAGUCAACCGGCACACCAUGAACGAACCGGAAGACGUCGCCCAAGAAGUGUGGACCGCGUGGAUUCUCGACGCCAUAGGUAAGAUCCGUACCCAAAAACAACGACCUAGCGUCGAGAGGAUAUGUCACGCGAUCCGUCAACACCACAACUACCACGAAGACGUGGUCGCGGAGCACCUGGAGGCCGCCGUCAAGGAUGGCAGCGUGUUGAAGGUGUUCAACAAGGGCCAGAGUUCUUACAAGGACCCGGGAGGGCUCCAGAACCGCACCCUCAAAGUCCAGAAGGAGGUGGACCUGACACGGGUCGUGACCAAAGCAGUUAGAGAGUUGGGAGAACGGGACGGAUCCAGUUUGAAGUCGAUCGAGAAAUACAUCAGGCAAUCGCACACCGUGAUCGAGAGCGGCGAUUGCGAUUUGAGGAGUAUUAUACGAUUGGCGACGAAAAGGGCUACCACCAGGCACCUGCUGAUACCCAACGGGAAGAAUUUCAAGUUUAAUUACACGUUGCACAGUCCGGGCGCGAGGCGAAACAAGGACCGGAGGAAAUCGUCCGGGAACGAGGAGGAAAUACCCAAGCUACCGGUGCCUUUACCGAUCUGUUCCGAGUGCCUGGGCACCGAGGUGAAAAACAAAAAGGGCGUUGCAGAGAAACUGAGCGCGUGCUCCGAGUGCGGCUCGUUCGUCCACCUGAGCUGCACCGCCGCCGGUCCCGAGCUAGCCGCCCUAAUCGCCAAGGGCAGCAAAUGGUUCUGCGAGGAGUGCAAGCAGUGUGAUGGUUGCGGCAAUACCGGCGUGUCGACGUGUCUGCUGUGCUGUUGCAGCUGCGAGCGCAAGUACCACAUGGGCUGUCUGGACCCGCCCGCCGAGAAGAAACCCAAGUGCCCGUGGCGGUGCCGCCACUGUCUGAGCCAUCACGACAGCGUCGGCAAGGCGCAGAAAAAGGAGCCGGGCAGCGCGGUCCGCAAGAAGAUCGACAAAGUGAGGGAGAGGAUCAAGGAGAAGAACCAAAGAUCGAAAGAGGCGGCGUCGACGUCGCCGGCCGCGCCCCCGCCCGCAUUACUGACGUCGUCGAGUCCCGCGACGCCGACGGCGGCCACCGCCAGGACGCCGAACCGGAAAAGCGCUAGAGCGACGGCGAACGAGGGCGGCGACAGCGACAGCGAAACUGAGGGUACGCCAAAUCCUGUCACCGCCACCGAUACACACCCGCGCCUCCCCGUCACCGCUCACCGACAAAGACCCCAUCCCCGCAGUCCCCCGCCCCCGCCGACCCCCGCGUUAGAUAACCUCGACACCCACGACCGGAUGUCCAAGGAGAAACAGAAAUUUUUCAGACAUUCCGCGUUCAACGCGGAAAAAAAGAAGCGUAAUAAUAAUAAUAAUAAUAACAAUAACAAUAAGAGCAAAGCGGUCGAAUUGACCACCCGCACUAGGACGCGGAACGGUAAAAUUAAAGAGGAAGCGACCACGACGACACGUAAGAGCCCGCGAGGCGGUAAAAAGGACGAGGCUCCGGACGAGUCGGAUACCGCGGAGUCCUCGUCCGACGGCGACGGCGACGAAUGCUCGAGUAGCAGUUCGUGCACGUCCGACGACGACGACGACGACAGCACCGAUUCGGACUCGUCGGUCGAAGCCGGUUACUCGGAGUCGAGGAUACGGAUGCAAAAGGUGGCGACGUCGUCGACGGUCCCGUUCGCGUCGAAACGCGAGACGUUCGGCAGCGUCGGCGGUAUAAAAGUCGACAACAAGGACGCGCCGUGGGGUUUCGCAGCGGCGGCGGCGGCGGCCAUCGUCAAUAAAAACUCGUUUGCCGACGAUAAGGUUCCGCGGAAGGAAGACGUAGGAGCCGUCGCCGCCUCCGAGACCGUCAGCCACCAACUCAAGGGGCUGUUCGACGGCCUGUCUCACUUUUUCGCCGCGCCGUCUCCGAACCGCAAAACCCGCACCCAACCGGAUUACAAUCCCAACAGGCGAAAGCCUCGGGACGUGUCCGCACCCUUCGAUGGCGAACAAAAAAAAGAAAACCGCAGGCCGGCUUCCCCCCCGUCCGUCCCAAAAAGCCCCGUCCCCGUGGCUCCUCCGUCGUCCUCGCGCCGUGCGUCCCCCCCUAGCGAGCCCGCGCUCAAACGCCCGCCCGCCGCCAUAUUGUCGCCCAGCGAUCUCGUAAAGACUGCGGUUAAUUCGAAAUUCGAGCUCGAGGCCGACCACAGGAAGUUGUUUAACACCGAGUGCGCAGCCGCAUCCGCAGCCGCCGCCGCCGCCGCCGCCGCAUCCGCCUCGACGACGACGCAGGCGAAAAAGCGCAGCCAAACCGCCGUCGCACCUAAGGCGCCGCCGCCCACGGCCCAUCUUACCACCAAUCAGACGGAGGAGCCGAGACGGAUUUAUCUCCCGCCAGGCGUUUCCCUAAAAGACCUGGAGCUGUUCCGCGAGGCCCGCGAAAAGGCGAACGCGGCGACCGCGAUCAUUUUGCAGGCCGCCCAGCAAGCGAACGAGGCGAACCAGCAGCUGACGUCGCCGUCGUCCGCGAUGCUGUCGCAGCCGCGUAAUCCCGGCGCCAUCGAGUUCGGCAAAUACGAGAUCCAGACGUGGUAUUCUAGUCCGUUUCCGCAGGAGUACGCUCGUCUCCCGAAGUUGUUCCUGUGCGAGUUUUGCUUAAAGUACACCAAGAGCAAGGCGGUCCUCGAGCGGCACCAGGACAAGUGCACGUGGCGGCACCCGCCCGCCACCGAGAUCUAUAGAUGCGGCGACAUUUCCGUAUUCGAGGUCGACGGCAAUGUCAACAAGAUCUACUGUCAGAAUCUUUGCCUGUUGGCGAAACUCUUUCUCGACCACAAGACCCUGUACUACGACGUCGAACCCUUCCUGUUUUACGUGCUGACCAAGAACGACAAGAAAGGGUGCCACCUGAUCGGUUACUUCUCCAAGGAGAAGCACUGCCAGCAAAAAUACAACGUCUCGUGUAUCAUGACGAUGCCGCAGUACCAACGUCAGGGUUUCGGACGGUUUUUGAUCGAGUUCAGUUAUCUGUUGUCGAAGGAGGAGGGCCAACCGGGCACUCCCGAGAAACCCCUUUCCGAUCUCGGCCGGGUGUCGUACCACUCUUACUGGAAGUCGGUCGUGCUGGAGUACCUUCACGUCCAUCGCGGCAAAGAGAUAACGCUCACCGACAUCAGCAAAGACACCGGCAUGUAUUGUCAGGACAUCGCCCUCGCGUUCCAACUGCUCAACUUCAUCAGUUACGUGUCGACGGACGAAGGGGGCGUGGCGCCCGCCAUAAGCGUAGACUGGGCGAAAGUGGACGCUCAUGCCGACAGGGUUGCCAAAUCUAAGACCCGGAUCUACAUCGAUCAGGAGUGCCUGAGGUGGACACCGUUGCUGACCAACGCGGCGAAUCAGUUCAGGGAAGACAAAUCGGACGCGGAGAAGGAGGAAUCGAUCGAGACCGCCGACGUGAUCACCGCCCCCGAGAAGAUAAUCAUCGAGAACACGCAGGGGGUGAAAUUGAAGCGCGGCAAAAAGAGGAAAGUGGUCGUGGCGGCGACGAGGACUCCGAAAACUCCCAAGGUGGAAACGAAACCGGUGGUGGAGAGCGUCGAGCACGUCGAGGAAGUCGAGAUAACGUCGUCGGGACGCAAAAGGACCAGACCGGUCAAAUACAACGAGACCACUUAUUGCGAUAUUAAGCCGAAACGCGAGCAGCACGCCACUCAGGCCGGCGCCGAGACGGCGAAACGCAAAAGGAACAACGAAUCGUCGGAGGUGGAAAAAGAGGCGACGACGAAAAAGAGUAAAGCGGGGGCGGACGUGGGCGGGGUCGAGACGACGCCGGUCAUGCCCGGCCGACCGAGACGCGGCGGCACGCAACAAGCGAAGAAGGUGGUGGGCGAGCGAUGGUCCCAACGUAAACUUAAGAAACAGCAGGAGCAGCAGCAGCAGCAGAAGAACAAGGAGCCGGCGAAAACGGAAGAGGAGGAGGUGGAGGAGAAGGCCAAAGAGUCGGACGAUAUCCCGGUUCUCGAACCGGCGGCGGCUCCCGCCCCCGAAGACCGGGAAACGAGUCGAGCCGCCCCGGUUUUGACGCCGCAAGUGAAGAAGCGGCCGAUGAAGAAGAAACGGGGCUGGGUGAAGGGCAGAUCGCGACGCACGUUCGGCGUCGUCGACAAGCAGCUCAAGCUUCCCGAGCUUAUCAAGGCGAAACUCCAGAAGGAUAGCGAAAGCGAGUCGAUCCCGUCGGAAAAGUCGGAAGACGAGGCCGCGUCGAAGGAGGGCGACGUCGCGACGCCGCCCCCCGCGUUCGUCGACAAACACGAGAAGAAGAAGUUGAAGUUGGCGUCGAGGAUCUCGACGGAGGAGGACUCGAGCGCGGAGGCGGACGACGAGAUGGAGAACGACGAGCUGCCGGCGCCCAAGGACGCGUCGCCCAGCAAGUAUAAGUUCGCGAAGGAGGGCGGCGGGGACGCGAGGACGCCGCCGAAAAACCGGACGCCGAAAUCGAGUCCGACGAAAUCGGAUGACGUCAAAGCGACCGCCCCGGUUCUGUAUUCGACUACGUCCGAGUCGGAGACGGAAAUCGACGGACAAAAACUGAAAAUUAUCUCGCAGAAGGAGGCGCUCGAACGACCUAGUCUAUUUGUCGGCGCUCCCGAGGCCGCGGACAAAGACGCGUCGGCGGAGGCGGCGACGCGGGAGAAGGAAACCGACAAAGAGGAGGCGAAAGUGAUCGACGAAGCGGACGUCGAAUCGGGCAGGAAGUCGAUCGACAUGGAGAUCGAGAAAAUGGGCCACACUCAGGAGAUAAUCGUCCAGGAGGCGCCUCAACAAGAGUCGACCGUCAAGACAGAGGAGGAGCGGAAGCAACCGAUCGACGCCGCCCCGGAGGAAAAACCGGAAACAGAUUGCGCACCCGAGAGCGAAACCAAACCGGAAGCGGAACCUGCGCCGCCGUCGCCGCCAGCCGCGACCGAAGUACCCAAAACCGAAGCGCGAGAGGCGCCGCCAGUACUCGUGGUAGCCGCACCGGAACCGCGCAAACAGGAACCCGCGAAUCCGCCACCCAGCGUCGUAGUGAACAACACCCAACACCAACCGCCGCCGCCGCCGCCGCCGCCGCCCAAGGUUCAAUCGCCUCCCAAACCGGAGGUGAUCGUCAGCCCCGAGAAACCGAAGGAACCGCCACCGCCGCCACCUCCGGCGCAGCCCGUCAAGGCGAGCCCGAAACCGGCGCCCGUCCCGGAACCCAAAUCGGUCAUAGAAAAGCAUCCCGCGAAAGAGACGAAAACGUCGCCGCAGGAAUACAUCAAACCCAAGGAGGAGAUCAAAAUCUCGCCGAAACAGGAGACGACGAAACCCAAAGCGGAAAAGUACGACGACAAACGGUACCACCAGAAGAUGGCGCACGACGAGAAAGCGGCGUACGAUUCGCAGGCGUUCUUGGCGAGCGCGAUGGCGUCGCAAGGUUACCACAUGAACAUGAACAUGUCGUCGGCGCCGCAGUACCCGUGGCAGUGGGAAACGUUGUGGGGCAAGAGUUUGUACUACGACACGGCCAAGAGGGAGUACGCCGGUUAUCCGAUGCCGCCGCUUCAGUUUCCCCCGUUGGACAUGCUGCCGAAGCAGCAGCAGCCGCCCGGCUGUGAAAAAGAGAAACCGCCGAGCAAGGGUAACCGACAAGAGUCGAAGUACGCGCAGCAACAGCAGCAGCACCAGCAGGUAGGAAACGGCGGCAACGGUUCGUGCAAGUCGAGCAAGAGCGGCGAGCACCGCGAAAAGAACGUUUCGCCGAAGAAGGACGAGAAAUUGAGACACAAGAGCGAGCAAGACGCCAAGCAUCAUCAUUCCGGCGAGUCCGUGAAGGGCGCGGCGACGUGCUCGGUACAGGGCGGCAAGAUGCCGCCCUGCGUGCCGCAACCGCUCGUUAAUUUAGCGCCGAAAAGCGCAACGAAACCCAAAGAAGAGAUCAAGCUCGAUCAACACGAAGCACCGAAAGUCGCGACCACGACCCACGUGAAACAGACGCCUCCGACGCCGGAUAUCCCGUCGAUGGGCGUGUACACGCCCGACUCGACCACCAACUCGGUGCACAGUCUGCAGUACGGACAGUGCGACAUCGACGUCGCGCAGCUCGGUCUCGAGUCGCCAGCGUCGAUAUCGAGCGACAUGGCGUCGCAAAAUUCGGCCGAAGGGGUGGCAAGGCCGUCGUCGGCCAUGAAUCCCGCCGCCCCGCCUCAAACGAAUUACGACUGCACCGUGCAGCACAACAUGCAACAAAACAUGCAGAGCCAGAACAUCACGGUGCCGGCUUCGAGUCCCGGCAUGAACCCCACCAUGCAGAUCCAAAACAGUCAACAGAUCGCGCCGAAUGGGAAGAGACAGAUGCAGCAGCAGCAACAGCAGCAGCAGAGGAGCAGAGCGAAUACGCCGUCGACGAAGCAGCAACACAACAUCAGAUCGACGCCGCCGAGCGGCGCCGGUCGACAGAGGGCCACGCCCCCGUCCGGUCACCAGCACCAGAUCAACAUGCAAGCGAGCCCGUCGGCGCCGCCGCAACACCAACAACAGCACCAGCAGCAGUUGCAGCAACACCUGCACCACCAGGUGGCGGCCGUGCAUCAGGGCUACGCGCAUCACCAGCUCGCGCCCGCGCCGCCGAUGCAUCAACACCCGCACCACGCCCACCACUCGGUCAUCAGUCAGGCGAACUACAUACCGGUGGCGAGUACGCAGGCGUUCCCGUCGCAGACGAACAGCACGUACGUCAACGUGCCGAUGACGACCGUCAUCCAGCACCGCAUGAGCGCGCAGCAGAGCGGCGUCAGCCCGUUGGGUCACCAGAAACUCGCGCCGUCGCCCAGUUGCGCGGUGACUACGGGCCCGCCCAGUUUCUACAUUCAAACUAACCCUCAUAGCCAUACGCACGCGCCCGCGGUGCCCACCCCUUCGCCUUCGUCGCUACAAGGCAACAACCCCGGCGGCGCCCAACCGGGCAACUCGAGCUGUAGCCUCGCGAAACUCCAGCAACUCACCAACGGCGUGAUCCCGCCGUCGUCGUGCAAUACGAUGACCCCGCCCCCGACGGCGAUGACCCCGCCCACUCAUCACCCGCACGCGAUGACCCCGCCUCCCAGUCACCAGAUGCUGCCCAAUCAGACGGUGAGGACGCCGCCGUCCGGCAUACCGCCCAAUUUGCAGCAGCAGGUGCUCGGCUACCAUAAAUACUACCAGGCGAACGUGAAUCAGCUGAGCGGCAACGUGACGCCCCCUAUCGGUCAGAAUUUGGGCCGUUCGGGCGGUCGGACUUCGACGACGAACGUGGCCGCCAUGCAACACAUGCAGCCGUCGUCGAGCCGCGUCAGCCCGAACGUGCCCCUCAAUCCUUACGUGAUGAACAAUUCGUUGAACGGGUACAGGAUGGCGCCGCAGCAGACGCCCGGCGCCGUCACCGGUUAUAUAACGAACACGGCCGCGGGAUUUAUCAACAACGCGCAGAUACCGAUGCAGAUGAUGAACAUGGCCGCGCAGAGCCAGUACCAGGACCAGGCGUUGCAGAGGGCGCAGCCGAACGCGAUGUAUACCUACAGUUACAUAAACGGUAUCAUGCAGCCGUUGAACAGACACUAAAAAGUGCGAUCGGUGAGAUUUGUCGAGACGGAUAUGCCUUAACGUCGGCGAUUUAGUUACGCCCCGCCCCCUUUUUUCUUUCGUUCGUUGAAUAAACAGGCUGUGCCGGCUACUUUAUUAGACACUGUAUUAUCAUCUUUUUUAUGCUAACAUUGCGGGAAUUGGUGCGACGCGAUGGUAGACGUUUCUCCUGUUGAGAGAGUUUGUUUUUCCCCCUUUUGUAUAUAAUUCGAUAAUCAAAUUUGUACAAGGUUAAGUGUUUGAUGUUUUAACACUAUUUUUAUUAUAUGAUAUAUAUAUAUUUUGGUAAAUAGCACUGUGAUUAGAUACGUUAUUGUUAGAAUAUCAGUACCAGUUACUGACGUUUUGCUGUACA